UGGACAGCUCCUGAGCAUGGCCUCAUGAGCAAAAGUGAGUGAGAAUCCCAGAGACAGGAGACCGAAAUUCAGCUGCCACCCCCUGAGGGUGAAUGUGAAAGGAGAGAAGAUGGCCAAGGUCAGCACCCAAUACUCCCACCCUUCCUUGACCAGAGCGAGGAGCACAGACAGCGAUCUUGAUCAUACUGAAAAUGACCUCAGCAGGGUCUGCGAGCCUUGUGAGCACUCACGGUUAGCUGCGCAGCGAGGGAUCGCCAUGGAGACUGAAGGACUGGCCAGACCCAGGCGAGGCUCCUUCACCGACGUGGGGCCAGCCAGGUUGUCACGCCUCGUCAUCUCCCUGCGCUCAUGGGCCACCAGGCACUUCUACCACGAGGACCAGAGACCCAAUGCUUUUCUGGAGCGUUUCCAUGGAGCUGAGCUCCAGGAGGUGUCCUGCCGUAAAGACAAUGCCCAGUCCAGUGUGGGCAGCCAGGAGUCGCCAGACAGAGGCAAAGGCGCCUGGCCCCUGGCCAGAAACAAUACUAACGCCUGCAACAACAAGGAAGAAAAGAAGAAGGACGCCAUGGUGGUGGACCCCUCCAGCAACCUCUACUACCGCUGGCUGAUGGUCAUCGCGCUCCCAGUCUUCUAUAACUGGUGUCUGCUGGUGUGCAGGGCCUGCUUUGAUGAGCUUCAGUCUGAGAACCUGACGCUGUGGCUGACCCUGGACUACUCGGCAGAUGUCCUCUACGGCUUGGACAUGCUGGUGCGAGCCCGGACAGGUUUCCUUGAACAAGGCUUAAUGGUCCGGGAUGUGAAGAGACUGUGGAAACAUUACACAAAGACUUUGCACUUCAAGCUGGACGUGUUGUCCCUGGUCCCCACGGACCUGGCUUAUCUAAAGUUGGGUGUGAACUACCCAGAACUGAGAUUCAACCGCCUACUGAAGUUUUCCCGGCUCUUCGAGUUCUUUGACCGUACAGAGACGAGGACCAAUUACCCCAAUAUGUUCAGGAUUGGGAACUUGGUCCUGUACAUCCUCAUCAUCAUCCACUGGAACGCCUGCAUCUACUUUGCCAUUUCCAAGUUCAUUGGUUUUGGGACAGACUCCUGGGUCUACCCAAACAUCUCCAAACCCGAGUAUGGGCGCCUCUCCAGGAAGUACAUUUACAGUCUCUACUGGUCCACCUUGACCCUGACCACCAUUGGUGAGACCCCACCCCCUGUGAAAGACGAAGAGUACCUCUUUGUGGUCAUAGACUUCUUAGUGGGCGUCCUGAUCUUUGCCACCAUCGUGGGCAACGUGGGCUCCAUGAUCUCCAACAUGAAUGCUUCGAGGACCGAGUUCCAGGCUAGAAUCGACUCCAUCAAGCAGUACAUGCAGUUCCGCAAGGUGACCAAGGACUUGGAGACGCGGGUUAUCCGGUGGUUUGACUACCUGUGGGCCAACAGGAAGACAGUGGAUGAGAAGGAGGUGCUCAAGAGCCUCCCGGACAAGCUGAAGGCUGAAAUCGCCAUCAACGUGCACCUGGACACCCUGAGGAAGGUGCGCAUCUUCCAGGACUGCGAGGCGGGGCUGCUGGUGGAGCUGGUGCUCAAGCUGCGGCCCACCGUGUUCAGCCCUGGGGACUACAUCUGCAAGAAGGGGGACAUCGGGAAGGAGAUGUACAUCAUCAAGGAGGGCAAGCUGGCCGUGGUGGCGGACGACGGGGUCACCGAGUUUGUGGUCCUCGGCGACGGCAGUUACUUUGGGGAGAUCAGCAUCUUAAACAUCAAGGGGAGCAAGUCAGGCAACCGCAGGACCGCCAACAUCAGGAGCAUCGGCUACUCGGACCUGUUCUGCCUUUCCAAGGACGACCUGAUGGAGGCGCUCACCGAAUACCCCGAGGCCAAGAAGGCCCUGGAGGAGAAGGGCCGGCAGAUCUUGAUGAAGGACAAUCUCAUCGACGAGGACCUGGUCAAGGCCGGGCCAGAUCCUAAGGACAUCGAGGAGAAGGUGGAGCACCUGGAGUCCUCCCUGGACGCCCUGCAGACCAGGUUUGCGCGGCUGCUUGCGGAGUACAGCUCUGCGCAGAUGAAGGUGAAGCAGCGCCUCAGCCAGCUGGAGAGCCAGGCGAAGGUCUGCGGGAGCGGCCUGGCCACCGCUGGGGCCCCCAGGGGUGCCGCCGAAACAGAGGACGAGCAACAGUGAAGAUGGAGGUGCCUGUCGCCUGCUCCUGCUUCGCACGGCCAGCUUUCCGGGCGGUCCCACUGUGUGGGGCCUUGUGGCACAGGUCCUUCGCAAGCUGUGGGACUGCUGGAGGCGGCCCAGUCUCCUCAGCUAGAAAACAGGACUCAUGACGCUGGCCCCACGGAAGUGCCAGCUUAUUUUGUUGCUUUGAUUUUUUUUAAAUGGCGAUUGUCAUAUAUAUGUCACUUGCAGAUAUUUCUCUCUCUCUCU